AUGGUACACCUCUCGAGGCCCUCGGGCCGCCGAUGCACAUCUACCAGUCGAGUCACGGCCAACAUCCUACUCUCUUGCCUAGCCAUCUCCCCCGUAGCAGCUGCUCUGGCUCCUCAACGGGACCCUUCAGCUAACGACUUGCUUUCGGCGCCGGGGCCUAUUCCUAUUAUCCCUUCAGAUCCCAGCGUCAUCACUCCGUCAGAUCACAUCUUCACCCUCCGACAUGUUUAUCACCACGGAACGAACCAACAUCCCGGCCUUCACCGCACACGGGACGUCCUUCACACCACUUCAGGCAUCCGACUAGCUGCUGAGGAUGGCUUUGCCGCACAGGAUAUCGACAUCCUCGCCGCAAAGAGUCGGGGCGACCCGAUAGAGCGCCUGAGGGAUCGGCGGCCCUCGGUUGUAGAUCCGAUGGUCGCCGAGGCCAGGCUCCGGGGUGGUGCGGCAGUGUUGGAUGCCUCAGCCUGGACUACUGAAGAGGUGCCGUCACCCGACAUCACAGAUAAGGAGACCGUCUUGACCCUGGCGUACAUGGCUGCCGAUGCCUAUGUGGCGGACAAGGACCAGAGCGACUGGGUAGAUGUCGGCGACCAUUACGACCCCACAGACGACUUUGGCUGGGAGAGUGACGGGCUGAGGGGCCACAUCUUCAUGGACGAGACCAACUCGACGCUCGUCGUCGGUCUCAAGGGUACUUCGAUGGCUGUGUUUGACGGCGAUGGCACCACGACCAACGACAAGGUAAACGAUAACCUCUUCUUCAGCUGCUGCUGUGGUCAGCAGGGUCAGUGGACAUGGCAUCAGGUCUGUGACUGCGCAACGGGCACGUACUCGUGCAACAACACUUGCGUUGCCGGAGCACUGAUGGAGGAGAAUCGCUACUACGCCGCUGCCCGUGAGCUGUACUCAAACGUCACGGAGCGGUACCCCGACGCCAACAUCUGGCUGACCGGGCACUCACUCGGCGGUGCCAUCACAUCAUUCUUGGGCCUGACAUACGGUCUUCCCGCCGUGACAUUCGAAGCCGUCCCAGAGGCCCUCCCAGCGUCCCGCCUGGGUCUCCCUGUGCCACCCGGCGCUGACCCUCGUACGCCGCAGACGCGUCAGAACACCGGCGCCUACCAUUUCGGCCACACAGCGGACCCCGUCUACAUAGGAACAUGCAACGGUGCCACUGCUUCCUGCUCGUUCGCCGGAUACGCUAUGGAGACGGCCUGUCACUCCGGUCAGGAGUGUGUCUACGAUGUUGUUGCCGACAAGGGAUGGCGCGUGGGCAUCGGCUCUCACAGGAUCCGCUCCGUCAUCAGUGACGUCAUCAUGGAAUAUGACGACGUGCCGGAGUGCCAUUUUACGCCUGAGUGCAGGGACUGCGCUCAAUGGGAUAUGUACGAGUCUAACGGCACUCUGACGACGACGACAUCGUCACCGCCCACUACCUCGCGUACCAGGACUCGGACGGCCACUUGCGAGACGCCCGGAUGGUGGGGCUGCGACGAUAAGACGACUACGACAUCGGUGUCGACCAUCCCGACGACGACGACUACGUCGACAUCGACUUGUAAGACGCCCGGGUGGUUCGGGUGCAAGGACCCGACCACUACAACCACACCCACAUCCACGAGCACCACGCCGAAGCCUACGUCAACCUGCGAGACACCAGGAUGGUUUGGAUGCAACGACCCGACCACGACGACUACGGCGCAGACUUACCCCACAACAACAACAGCAUCAACAACUACUUGCAAGAUUCCUGGAUGGUUCGGCGGCUGCCGGGACAAGCCUGAAGCCACGUCGACUGCCGUCUCCACGCCCCCCAUCACAGCCGGUCCUACAUACACAGGGCCACAGCAGACGGAGACGCCGACGCAACCGCAAGGAUGCCGCCAUCGAAACUGGCUCGGAAUAUGUAAGGACAAAUUGGAAGAUGUGGAGAACGGCUCCCUCUUUGACGAGAUAUAG